AUGGUAGCAACAUGGCCUAUUCGAGGCCUGCUUGUGCAGUGCCUGAUUUUUAUACCCCUUUUGUUUUCAACUACAGCACUUGCAGAGUCUUUGGUUGAGGCUCUGAAUGGAUAUCCCUCAUUGUCCAGAUUUCAGUCGCUUCUUCAAGACAAGCCCGCGCUAGCUCCACUGCUGAGCAAGGGCUCGCCUGGAUCCGUUGUCACAUUUCUCGUCCCCAAUGACGCUGCAUUCGCCGCCUUUCGUGCUGCAAAUGGCGGUUCGGACAUCAGCGACCUCCCCAACUCGGAGCUGGAGCGUAUCCUGGAAUACCACAUCCUUUCUAGGAAUUUGCCAUCGGCUAAGCUCCUGAAUCCCCCCCCUCAAAGCUUGGUGGUGCCGACCCAGCUCACGGGGGAGGAGUAUAAUAAUCGUUCCGCAGGUGAUGCACUGCAAAUGGUGGAAGGUGGAGGCAAGCAGAGUAGUUCUGGUCAGGUUGUGGUGUUGAAUGUUGGGCCGCAGAGUUUGCAAAAGCGACAGCAAGAGGAAAUUGACGUCCUGUCGGGUUUGUAUAAAUCCGUGAAGAUGACCCUUAUUGAUGGGAUGUGGGAUGGAGGUUUGUUUCACAUGGUUGACGGGCUACUUACGCUUCCACGAGUCUGCACUAAGACAAUUGAAAGCCAGAACCUCACAGCUCUCACUCGGGCACUGGUUCGCACCAAAAUCGGCCCCAUCCUUGACACUUUAAGGAACGUUACUUGCAUCGGCCCAACAGAUACUGCAUUUGAGCAAGCGGACAGUCCAGACAAAGUUGCUGAACCCGGUGAUCUGGCAAAGGCGCUUACUUUCCAUACUCUCACGGAACCAGUUUAUACCAAUUUCCUAUCGGACGGCCAAAUGUUUACGACUGUGAGCAAUGACACGAUUCGAGUGACGGUGAAUGACACAGGGAUCUAUUUCAACGAUGCAAAGCUGAUUAGGAGGAACGUCAUAACGAAUAACGGCGUUAUCCAAGUUGUUGACAAGGUCAUGUCCCCCCUCAAACAAGAGGAGUCCAAACCGACCACGACCACGAACACAAACCCCAAACUAUCACCAACCGGACCAGGACCAGCGUCAUCGUCAAAGGCCGGUGCUUCUAUGCUGGAGAAUCCAUUUGGUGGCUCUACAUCAGCCGGGCUAACCGCUUUCCUGAUGACUGGUAUCAUGUCUCUUGCGGCUUGGUGGAUGUAA